UCGUCUAGGCCGAGGUCUAGGCUGACAUCUAUGCUGUUUCGAAGCCCAACGAUCAUCUAAGGGGUUGCCAUGUCAGAUGAAAAGGAGAGUUCGCCCCCCUCAGAACACCCAACCUCAAAAGAUCCCGUGGAGGCGUCGUUGGUUGCCAAUUCGCGAUGCAGCUUGGUACCAGUGUCACCUCAUUUUUCUGGCUCAUCCUCGGUUGGCUCUACCCCACCUUCCUCAUCCGAUCCUAAGUCCACAUCUCUU